UAUUUUACAGAUGCAGACAGAACACUGAAAAAAGACUCUCAGCAGGACUACCAUCUGGAGUACGCCAUGGAAAAUAGUACCCAUACAAUAUUAGUUUUCAUUCGGCAACUUCACACUUGCGAUGACAAUGACAAAAGCAUAACGGAAAGCACAGUGAGAGUGAUAUGGGCAUACCAUGACAAAGACUUCAGAGCAACAGGUCAAAAUUAUCAUGGUUCAAACCGGGGGACAAAGAGUCUGCGUUUACUGAACCCUGAGAAAACUGUUGUUAUUUCUCCCUCCUUGCCCUUCUUUGACUUGACCAACCAAGACGUGCCUAUACCAGACAAAGACACAACGUAUUGGUGCCAAAUGUUUAAGAUACCUACAGUUCGUGAAAAGCAUCAUGUAAUAAAGGUUGAACCACUGAUACAGAAGGAGCAUGAGAGUCUGGUGCAUCACAUCCUACUCUAUCAGUGUAGCAGCACUCUGAAUGACAGUGUAUUGGACUAUGGCCAUGAGUGCUAUCAUCCAAACAUGCCGGAUUCUUUCCUCACAUGUGAAACAGUAAUUUUUGCUUGGGCCAUUGGAGGAGAGGGCUUCACAUAUCCUCCUCAUGUUGGUUUAUCCAUUGGAACAGCAACGGAUCCUCAAUAUGUGCUUAUGGAAGUCCAUUAUGACAAUCCAUCAUAUCUGGAAGGGAAUAUGGAUAACUCCGGACUGAGACUAUUUUAUACUCCAGAUUUGAGGAGAUACGAUGCUGGAGUUAUUGAAGCAGGUCUUUGGGUCAGCCUCUUCCACAACAUCCCACCAGCCAUGCCUGAAUUCAUGUCAGAGGGUCACUGCACUCUGGAAUGCCUGAAAGAAGCCCUGGAUGCUGAGAAGCCAAGUGGAAUUCACAUCUUUGCUGUUCUUCUACAUGCACACCUUGCUGGAAGAGCUAUAAGGGUGCGCCAUUUCCACAACGGCAAUGAACAGCAGCUUCUAGCAUAUGAUGAUGACUUUGACUUCAACUUCCAGGAGUUUCAGUAUCUAAAAGAAGAAAGGCUCAUCUUGCCCGGAGAUAAUUUAGUCACUGAAUGUCAUUAUAGUACCGUAAAUCGAUCACAUAUGACUUGGGGUGGUUUUAGUACCAGAAAUGAAAUGUGCUUGUCCUAUCUUCUGUACUAUCCAAGAAUAAAUCUCACCAGAUGUGCAAGCAUUCCAGACAUCAUGGAGCAACUUCAGUUUAUUGGUGUGAAAGAUAUAUACAGACCAGUAAGGACUUGGCCAUUCAUUAUCAAGAGUCCAAAACAAUACAAAAACCUCUCUUUUGUGGAUGCAAUGAAUAAGUUUAAAUGGACCAGAGAACAGGGUCUUUCCUACAAUAACUUUGUUCUUAGGCUGCCAGUGAAUGUAAGAUGUUCUAAGACUGAUAAUGCUGAGUGGACGAUACAAGGAAUGAUGGCAGUACCACCUGAAAUAGAAAGACCAUAUGUGACAGAGCCAGUUCUAUGUAGUUCUUCUUCCUGUUUAAGCCAUAAUCUAUUGUUAAUGCUUUUGGUUGCGCUGUACAUCUCAACCACUACUCCAAGGAACAGUGGGCCCUUUGUAUUAUAAUUCUGAUGAGUCUC